AUGUCCGACAAACCACUUCCCACCUCCUUGGAGGUGGAUUCUAUGGAAUUCACCGAGGAGACGAGCUUACAGAAAUUCAAGCGCCGGCUGAAGGAGGAGCCUCUGAUUCCGCUGGGAUGCGCCGCCACCUGCUACGCGUUGUACCGCGCCUACCGCUCCAUGAAAGCCAAGGACUCGGUCGAGAUGAACCGCAUGUUCCGCGCGCGCAUAUACGCGCAAUUCUUCACGCUGCUCGCCGUCGUCGCCGGCGGCAUGUACUACAAGACGGAGCGCCAGCAGCGGCGCGAGUUUGAGCGGAUGCUCGAGGAGCGCAAGAACCAGGAGAAGCGCGAAGCCUGGCUGCGGGAGCUGGAGAUUCGGGAUAAAGAGGAUAAAGGGUGGCGCGAGAGACAUGCUGCCAUUGAGCAGGCGGCCAGAGAGGCGGCUGAAAAGGCUGCUAGUAGUGCCAAGGGUGUUGGACUGCGUCAGUCGCAGGCGCAGGCGCAGCAGCAACAAGAACAGUCUACGUCCGCGGACGAGAAUCAGAACCAACCUGCGACGGAACCGGCGGAGGAGAAGAGAGGAGGGGGGAUUCUCGAUGCUGUGAAGGCGCUGGUUGGGAGGAAGUAG